GGAACGUAUUUAUCACGACUUCGAUCGACACUGUUUGACAUUUAUUGAAAUUUUGAUUUGAUAAUUAAAUAUGUCGAGUAUGGAUGCUGAUAAUUUGUGAAUUAGCAAAUGAUUGCAUUGAAAGUGGUCAGUGUUCAGAAAAGUAAAAUAUAAUUUUUCAUUACCCAAACUAUGACAGAUAAAGAAGAUGCUACCCAAAAACCCGAAAAUCAACCACUAGACGACGAAGCUCUAGAAAAACUCGCCGUAGAAGAAUUACUUCGGGAGGCGGUCCAAGGAGCUGCUCGGGCGGAAAUAGUGGGACCUUCUGGAUGGGUAAAGAGCGCACCACAAAAGUCCAAUAAACGUUUCCUUGUUAACACCCUGAGGCAUACCGUCAGCUCAAAUAAAUACUAUAGUUCACGCAGCAGCCACAGAAGUUCCUAUAGAUCAUACAGUAAAUCACCAAAAAGAGAUCACAGAUCAGAAACUUCUAUUAAGAAAGAAAAAUAUAGAAAAAAAUAUUAAAAUGGCUGAAACUGAU